GUCUGUUUUUCAGCGGUUGAUGGAGGUUAAGGUGCUCCAGUCUGCAUUUGUGCCGUUUAUUGGACACAUACGCGAGAGUGGUUCACGUUAAAGGGCUACAAUUAUUUAAAUCUAACGAGAAUAAUGGCAAAAUUUAAAAGAACUCAAAACCAACGCGCUGCUCACGCUGUAAAACCAUCCAUCGUGAAGAAACGAGGGAAAAGGAAAGGCCCGUUGAAUGGCACACAUAAAAGUAAUUUAAAGAAACUAGGUGCAUCCAACGAAAUAGCAACGAACGCGUACGCAAAUGUACAAAGUAGUAAAAAGAAAAAGCAGGGUAAGUCUAAGAAUAAAUUUGGUACAAGCAAUACAGAAAAGUCAGGUGUUUCUACAAGCUAUCGAGAAAAUAGUAAGAAGAAUUCACAAGUAUUCCAAAAGGUACAAAUUAAUACAAAGCAAAGGAUGAAAACUAAGCUUAGCGCCAAGGAUACAGAAAGAUCGGAUGUUCCGACCAAGUACCGAAAAAAUAAUAAAAAACCGCCAGAAGCGUCCCGGAAUGUACAAGUUGACACGAACGGCAAGACAAAACGUAAGAAAAGAAAUAAACGGAACGUGAACGUUGAUCGCGCAAAUGCUGCGGCAGUUGACAACGCGAGAGAAAGAGGCAAAGGGCCGCAGGCGCCUGCAAAGAAUCUUAAUCUUGAGCGUAGGAAAACACAAGUUGAGAAACUUGAGACGAUAAGCGGGAAGAAGAUGAAACGGAUAUCAGCCGAGGUGGAGUCGCAGCGGGUGACACCUGACGAGACGUUGCAGAUGAACAGGUGUAAAAUAAACAUUCAGAAAUUGAAGGAGAUGCUCGCGAGAAAGUCGCAGCCGAAGCCGAAGACCGCGCAGCUCACCUUGAGGGACAGAAUGAUGGCGCAGUUAAAAGCGUCGAGGUUCAGAUACAUAAAUGAAAUACUGUACGACAGCGACAGCUCGCAGUCCAAGCGCUACUUCAAAACGGACCCCGACGCUUUCGUGGCCUAUCACGCGGGAUAUAAGCAGCAACUGGCACAGUGGGCGGUGAAUCCGCUGGAUGUUGUAAUAUCGUCGAUUAAGAACCUGCCGACCGACAACGUGAUCGCGGACUUUGGAUGUGGCGAGGCACGGCUCGCCGCUUGCGUCCCUCACACCGUACACUCGUUCGAUUUCGUCGCGCUGAAUGACAGAGUGAAGGCUUGCGACAUGGCUCAUACUCCGUUACUCAUGAAUAGCGUCCACGUUGUCGUGUUUUGUCUCUCACUAAUGGGGUCUAAUCUCAACGACUAUAUAAUGGAAGCUAAUAGGGUUCUUAAAAACAACGGGCUCUUGAAGAUAGCAGAGGUCGAGAGCAGAUUCGAGAACGUGAAGGACUUUAUAAGAGCGCUGGGUAGUUACGGUUUCAAAAGUACGUGGAAGGACUUGUCCCACAACCUGUUUUAUUUCAUGGAUUUCAGGAAAGAAGAAGAUAUAAUCAUGAAGAAGAAAACUCUUCCUUCGAUUACGCUGAAAUCGUGUUUGUAUAAAAAAAGAUAAGUAUACUUUCUCCUAAAACUCCCAUACCGGCCCGACCAGCCCGGCCAAUCAUUUGCUUGUAUCUACUUA